AUUAGCCAGCACUGAUAAUUUCUUUCUGGCAGCAAGAUGGCUUAUACACUAGUGAUCCUUUCAGCUCUUUUAGCCACAUCGCUGGCUAAUUCUAUUCAGUUCAAAGACUGCGGUUCUGCCGGUGCCAAAGUUCAAUCAGUAGAUGUGGGAGGAUGUACGACAGAACCAUGUCAUCUAGUCCACGGGAAAAACGCUACCAUGGUAGUCAACUUCACCGCAAGUGAAGACGUGACGCACCCGAAGAAUUCCUUAUAUGGUAUUAUUGCUGGUGUUCCUGUUAAGUUUCCUUCGAAUGCGGAUUGUUGCACCGGUAAAAAUCUCGUCUGCCCCAUAAAGUCGGGAACCUCGUCACAGUACAGCAUCGCCAUCUAUGUUUCUCCAGAAUACCCAAAGAUCUCGGUUCUUGUCAAGUUGGCCGUCCUUGAUGAUAAUGAUAAAGACUUUCUGUGUAUAGUGUUUCCUGCCACCAUCACCGACAGUUAAAGGGGGACAACUCAAACGUGACCCACUGAUACAAGCUGAUUAAACUGCCAUUUUCUUUGACGUUUGUUUAUUUACAAAACAAAUAAAUAUUAAAAGGUU